AUGGCCGUCUGUGCCCCGACACUGCGCCCUGGGCCCCCGGCACGGCCGUCUGUGCCCCGACACUGCACCCUGGGCCCCCGGCACGGCCGCCUGCGCCCCAACACUGCGCCCCGACACUGCACCCUGGGCCCCCGGCACGGCCGCCUGCGCCCCGACACUGCGCCCCGACACUGCACCCUGGGCCCCCGGCACGGCCGCCUGCGCCCCGACACUGCGCCUCGACACUGCGUCCUGGGCCCCCGGCACGGCGGCCUGCGCCCCGACCCCCAAGCAUGGCCGUCUGUGCCCCGACACUGCGCCCUGGGCCCCCGGCACGGCCGUCUGUGCCCCGACACUGCACCCUGGGCCCCCGGCACGGCCGUCUGUGCCCCGACACUGCUCCCCGACACUGCGCCCUGGGCCCCCGGCACGGCCGCCGGCCCCCCGACACUGCACCCUGGGCCCCCGGCACGGCCGUCUGCACCCCGACCCCCCAGCACGGCCGUCUGCGCCCCGACACUGCGCCCCGACACUGCACCCUGGGCCCCCGGCACGGCCGUCUGUGCCCCGACACUGCUCCCCGACACUGCGCCCUGGGCCCCCGGCACGGCCGCCGGCCCCCCGACACUGCACCCUGGGCCCCCGGCACGGCCGUCUGCACCCCGACCCCCCAGCACGGCCGUCUGCGCCCUGACACUGCGCCCCGACACUGCGCCCUGGGCCCCCGGCACGGCUGCCGGCCCCCCGACACUGCGCCCUGGGCCCCUGGCACGGCCGCCUGCGCCUCAACCCCCCGGCACGGCCGUCUGCGCCCCGACACUGCACCCUGACCCCCCGGCACGGCCGUCUGCGCCCCGACACUGCGCCCUGGGCCCCCAGCACGGCCGUCUGUGCCCCGACACUGCGCCCUGGGCCCCCGGCACGGCCGCCUGCGCCCCGACACUGUGCCCUGGGCCCCUGGCACGGCCGUCUGCGCCCCAACACUGCGCCCUGGGCCCCCGGCACAGCCACCUGCACCCCGACACUGCGCCCCGACACUGCGCCCUGGGCCUCCGGCAUGGCCACCUGCACCUCGACCUCCUGGCACAGUCGCCUGCGCCCCGACCCCCCGGCACGGCCGCCUGCGCCCUGACACUGCGCCCUGGGCCCCCGGCACGGCCGUCUGCGCCCCGACCCCCAGGCACGGCCAUCUGCGCCCCGACACUGCGCCCCGACACUGCGCCCUGGGCCGCCGGCAUGGCCACCUGUGCUCCGAACCCCCAGCACGGCUGUCUGCGCCCCGACACUGCGCCCUGGGCCCCCGGCAUGGCCACCUGCACCCCGACACUGCGCCCUGACCCCCUGGCAUGGCCACCUGCGCCCCGAACCCCCGGCACAGCUGCCUGCACCCUGAUACUGUGCCCUGGGCCCCCGGCACGGCCAUCUGUGCCCCGACACUGCGCCCUGGGCCCCCCGGCACGGCCACCUGCGCCCCGAUUCUGCACCCCGACCCCCCAGCACGGCCGUCUGCGCCCCGACACUGCGCCCCGACACUGUGCCCUGGGCCCCCGGCACGGCCGCCUGCGCCCCGACCCCCCGGCACAGCCGCCUGCGCCCCGACACUGUGCCCUGGGCCCCCGGCACGGCCGCCUGCCCCCCGACACUGCCCCCCGACCCCCCAGCACGGCCGUCUGUGCCCUGACCCCCCGGCACGGCCAUCUGCAGCCCGACACUGCGCCCCGACCCCCUGGCACGGCCGCCUGUGCCCCAACACGGUGCCCUUGGCCCCCGGCACGGCCGCCUGCGCCCCGACACAGCCGCCUGCGCCCCGACACUGCCGCCCCAACCCCCCGGCACGGCUGCCUGCGCCCCAACACUGCACCCUGA